UUUUCAAUACUCUUAGUUAUCCACCCAUGAAUAAAUAUUUUAAGGUUUUCUUUUUUGUCCUCUUGACACACGCGCUAAAGUCCGCCCUUAUCUUUGGGCAAGCCACCUUACAAAAGGGUCUCUCUCUUGAUAUCGACAAAGAUUCAAAGGCCACUGACAGACUCGUCGUAAAACACUUCGACAGUGACAAGCAGGGAUACAAGGCAUACACCUUUAAAAAAGAGGGCUGGGAAUACGUCAAUGUAAAGCACGUUUACUUCGGCGAGCGUCUCUUGAGAGUUGGCAGGGAUCAGGAUAUGAAGUGCGACUACGUCCACUACGUCAAGGUCUUCUGGAAAGGUGAACUCGCCCCCUUCCUCAUCAAGAUGAAGUACUACAACUGGGCCUGGGUUUCCACAAGACUUCACUUCAGACUCACACCUGAACUCACCUGGGCUGAGGUCUUCGUUCCCACCAUUGAUGAGAACUCCGAGGAAGGUUACAUGAAGCUUUUCAAGAAGAGGAUGGACGACUUCGUUUCUCAAGUUGGUGAGGACAGGCUCGCUACCUACAAGCCCUUCACUGAGGAUCCCUCCAAGAAGAGAUUCGACCUCACUCCCACUGACGAGAAGGAGGACACCAACAAGAAGAAGUACGUCCUUAUGGUUGUUGUCGUUGUCGUUUUCGUUGUUGUCGCAUCUCUCGUUGUCUUCCUUGUCAAGUUCUGCCUCAAGUAACCUCAAAGCUCGAUCCCACGCACACACUCUCACACACUAACGUAUUAGCAUCAAGGAGUAUUGUAUCCCUAACAAUACUACAUGGUUUAAUAUACUAUCAACUCCUAUGA